UUUCUCGAUUUAAUUCGGUAAAUAGUAGAAAUAUUCAGAUACCGGACUUUUCUUUUUGUUUAAAGAAAAGGGAAGGCAAUGGGUGUUGCAUUUAAGAGCCGCACGUCUCCUGUUAAGUGUCAGUUACUGAAAUCUUAUUAUGAAGGUGGAACAGAAAUCCACUGGUGACCACAUGGGUGCACGAUGUACAGCGUCUAUACGAUGCCGGAGACUACUGAUGAAGAGAUCCUCAAGAAUGGGCACGGUGAAGACUUCAACACCGAAGAUGAGGAAGAGGAGGAUAAUGAGCACAAUAGUAAUGGUAUUACAGCAGAAGCGAAUGGCUGGUGUGCUCGCCAAGGUAAUGUAGAUGGUAACAGGGUUAUACUUGUGGGUCGGAUCGACCCCAUGGAGCAUGUGGAACCUGUGUACGGAACGGAUGAGGACAUCGAAGGAGACAACGACGACGAUGAUGAAGACAAUGACGACGGUGGCGACAGCCCAGCCGUAGACCGUGAUGGUUGUGGCAGCGACUGCUCCCACGGUCGGUCUGAGGAGAUCGCGGCUGAAAGUGAUGGCAGUGUCCUCGAUGCAUGGUUCAGUGCUCUGAUUGGGCCGGAGACCUCACGGCAUCCCGGAGACCCGCGACCUCCGUCCGUCGCGCUCGGUCCCUGGGGCGGGCUCGCCGUCCCUCUCUCUGCGGGUGCCGCGCCCCCUCCCCGCCCGUCCCGGACUGCACCUCCCGUACCGGUAGCAGUGCCACCCCACCGGUUCUCGACACCUCCCGUGCCGGACUCCGCCCCCGGCACCUUCAGUCUAGAGAACCUCCUGCGUGGCGGUGGCGGCGGAGGCGAUGACCGGCCGUACUGCUGCCCCGUCUGCCAGCAGCGCUUCGCCCGCUACAGCCACUACGCCCGUCACCUGUACUUCGCUCACGAGAAUGAGGGGAAGCACGUGCGGCCGCCCAGUUCAGGGAUUCAUCCCGAGGUAUCACUAGUGACGAGAGAUGCACCGCUGCCAGUAAACAGCGAGAUGCCGGGGGGCCCUCAGGAAGGUCCGACGAAUGCGACAUUCGUUUACGGAGACACGCUAAUCUUCAGGGGAGCUCCCAAGAUACCAAAUGCACCGUCUCCUCGGGUUCUCUCCCCGGCCUCGGGCAUGCCGCUCCCGCCCCAUACCCGUCUGGGUGGACUGGGCAACGGCUCCGGUGCCCGGACAUACGACUGCCCAGUGUGUGAGAAGACGUUCCCAGACCGUGAGUCACGGGCCCGCCACGCACAGGAGCACGAGCAGUUCCACUGUGACGUCUGCGGCCGUGGGUUCCGCGAUGAGGUUGAGCGCGACCACCAUGCCAGCAUGUAUGCCGGCAAGCCUGCGCACAAGUGUGAUGCUUGUGGAAAGUGCUUCCACCUCACCCACAGCUUCGCCCGCCACAUGCGCACCCACACAGGCGAGCAGCCGUUUGCUUGUGAUGUGUGUGGGAAGCGCUUCAACGACAGCGGCAACAUGGCCAAGCACAUGCGCACGCACACUGGGGACCUGCCCUAUCCGUGCCCGCAGUGCCCGAGACGCUUCAGUGACCGUGCGAACCGGGCAAAGCACGCGCGCACGCACCACGGCGACGACAGACCUUUCCCCUGCAUGGAGUGCGGCCGCACCUUCGCCAACGGCAGCAACCUGGCGCGCCACCUGAAGGCGGCCCACCGCCACCGGCCGCCGGUGCCGGCGCUGCCGUCUCACUUCAUCCCCGGUGCACUCCUGCUGCCACCUCUGCCGCCGCUGUCCCCGCCCCCGCACCACCACCUCCUGGCAGAGGGGGUCGAUGCGGGGCGCCCUGGCACUGGGCGCAACGGAGGCGUCGUCUGUUAG